AUGGACAAUAAGUCACCAUUAAGGAGGUACUUUGAACAAUUCCGGUUUGUUUUUCUCACCAUCUUUCUUUUCUACAUGUCAAUGAUUCUCUUGGAUUAUUAUUCUGUCAUCAAAGAAAAUGGUUUCUCCUUAAAACCAUUCAAAACCAAUGGUGCAAACCAUCAUGAUGUUGAUAAUAACAAUAAUACUCCUAUUACACCUUCAAUUCCCUCACUCAAUUUCACUCAAAACAAUUCAACAACAAAUGGGGUUGAAUUCAAUAGCACACAAGAGAAACAAAUGAUUCCUCCUCCUCCUCCUCCUCCUUUGAUUAGAGACAACAACAAUGUUAAUGUUGAUGAACUUAUUGUUACACCAAAUAGUAAUAAUAAGGCUCCACCAAUAAGAAAUUCAGACCCUUGUUAUGGCCAAUAUAUCUAUGUUCAUAAACUUCCUAGCAGGUUCAAUGAUGAUUUAUUAAAGAGGUGUCGCAGUUUAUUGCAUUGGGGUGAUAUGUGUCCUUAUCUCACAAAUUUAGGACUUGGUCCUAAGAUUAUUGAGAAUGCAAAGGUUUUGUUGAAGGAUACUUGGUACCAAACAAACCAAUUCUCCUUAGAAGUUAUUUUCCACAACAUUAUGAAGCAUUACAAGUGCUUAACCAAUGAUUCUGCAUUGGCCUCAGCAAUAUUUGUGCCUUAUUAUGCUGGUCUUAAUGUUGGUCAAUACCUUUGGGGAUAUGAUGAUAGAAUUAGAGAUGAAGCUCCAUUAGCAUUUGUGGAAUGGCUUUCAAAUCAGAAAGAAUGGAAGAGGAUGUGGGGUAGGGAUCAUUUUCUGAUUGGUGGAAGAACAGCAUAUGAUUUUAGAAGAAAAAGUGGUGAUUUUGGUGAUUGGGGGACCAAGUUAAUGUUCUUGCCAGAAGCUAGGAACAUGUCAAUGUUGACAAUUGAGACAGAUUCCUAUGACAAUGAUUUCCCAAUUCCAUAUCCAACUUACUUUCACCCUUCAAAGGAUCUUCAGGUUUCUUUGUGGCAAAAGAGAAUGAGAAGAAUGAAGAGGCCUUAUUUGUUCACCUUCGCGGGCGCCCCAAGGCCUAAUGCACCGUAUUCCAUCAGAAACGAGCUGAUCAGACAAUGCCUGUCUUCUAGAAGUUGCAAACUCCUAAGCUGCUACAAAGGUAAAAACAACAAAAAUACUUGUGAAGAUCCGGUCAGCAUCAUGAGUGUUUUUCAAAGAUCAAUCUUUUGCUUGGAGCCGUCCGGCGAUUCCUACACGAGGAGAUCAACUUUCGACGCGAUCUUAGCCGGCUGCAUACCAGUUUUCUUCCAUCCAAAGUCAGCUUAUGAACAAUAUAGAUGGCAUUUACCAAAAGACUAUUUAAGCUACUCUGUGUUCAUACCUGAAGGUGAUGUUAGAGAGAACAAAGCAAUUAUCAAUGACACAUUGGCUAGGAUUUCUAGGACUAGAAUUUCUAAGAUGAGAGAAGAAGUUAUUAGGCUUAUUCCAAGAGUUACAUACCGUGAACCAAGGUCUAGAUUAGGGAAAGUUGAGGAUGCAUUUGAUAUAGCAGUUAAGGGUAUUAUUAGAAGAGUAGAAGAAAUAAAAAAGGAGAUUUCAUCAUCAACAGACAAUGUUUAUUAUUCUAAUGAAUGA